AUGGCGCAGCAGCUGGAGAAAGAAACACUGCUAUCCCGACGGUCCACGAUGAUCACCGCGCUGGGUCGGGCAGAGGCGUUCCUGGACGCUUUCAACGCACAACGUGACGGAGGUCAGGUCAGGCUCCGCCUGGAGUACCUCAACAACAUGUGGACUACUCUGGAGGAGGUGCAGGGGCAGCUGGAGGACAUCGAGGAUACCGAGGAAGGUAGGCAACAGCAUGCUAGUGUCCGUGCCGAUUUUGAGCCUCGGCUCUUUGCAAUAAAAGCCGACUUGAUCUCCAAACUCCCUGUUGUUAAUCAACAAGCUCGCAUCCCUGAUACUCCCUCGCAUGCUUCCGCUCUGUCUGGGUUGAAACUUCCGACGAUCUCACUUCCUGAAUUCGAUGGGGAUUACAUGCAGUGGCUAGGGUUCCACGAUACGUUCUUGGCUUUGAUCCACUCGAAUACUGAAGUACCGGCGAUCCAGAAAUUCCACUACCUGAGGGCAGCUCUGAAGGGUGAAGCGGCGCAGCUUAUUGAGUCCAUCGCUAUAAGCUCAGCAAACUACGACCUAGCAUGGCAAACAUUGGUUGACAGGUACGCCAACGACUACUUGCUGAAGAAGCGACAUCUGCAGGCACUGUUCGACAUCCCCGCGGCGAAGAAGGAAGCUGCCGCAUCACUGCAUGCGCUGGUAGACGAGUUCCAGCGCCACAAGAAGAUUUUGAACCAGCUAGGAGAGCCAACGGACUCUUGGAGCAGCAUCCUGGAGCAUCUCCUGUGCACGAAACUUCCCGACGACACGCUCAAGGCUUGGGAAGAUCACGCGUCUACCGCAAACGAUCCGGACUACGAUUGCCUAAUUGAAUUUCUUCAGCGUCGUAUGCGAGUGUUGGAGUCCAUGUUGGUUAACCAUCACCAGCCACAGUCUGCAUCAAGUGGAUCCACCCACGUCUCCAAACGGCCACCUCACUUCCGUGUAUCAUCGUGCGCAUCCACCUCUGGUUCCAACAACAAAUGUCCGGCCUGCAACCAAGAGCAUUCGCUGAUGAGAUGUGCCAAAUUCAACCGCUUUUCGACUUCUGAACGGCAGCAAUUCGUUUCCAGCAAGCGUCUUUGCCACAACUGCCUUAGGAGUGACCACAUGGUGCGUAACUGUUCUUCGAACUACAGGUGCAAGCACUGCAACAAGCGUCACCAUUCUAUGCUGCACUCCGACGAGAACCCGAGGCCGAACAACGUAGCAUCUUCCUCUCGAACGUCUAUGCCCACUCAAGCCUUUCAGUCUAGCUCUUCCUCCGCUGCAGAACCAGUAGUUCAGUCCGCUGUCGCCGCAUCCGAUGAUGUUCCCAGGGUCGUUGUUAGUGCCUCCGCUCCUCAGCAUCGUGAAGACGUUUUUCUGUUGACAGUGUUGGUGAAGGUCAUUGAUGCCUAUGGUCAAGAUCACUUCGCUCGUGCGUUACUCGACAGUGCUUCUCAACCGAACCUUAUUACCGAUCGCUUGGCACGCAGGUUGCAUCUGAAAAGGAGCCCAGUGAAUGUGACCAUCCAGGGGGCAGGCAAUCUCUCCAAGAAAGUGCGUGAAUCGAUUUUCGCUCGUAUUAAGUCGAGAAAUGACAGCUUUGAAUGUGGCGUUGAGUUUCUGCUAAUGGAUACGGUAACGGCUGAUCUCCCGGCACAAGACAUCUCCAUCAAGGACUGGCGGAUUCCUGAGAACUUGGCAAUGGCUGAUCCUACCUUCAACAAAAGCCAACAGAUCGACAUGGUUCUUGGCGCCAAGCAUUUCCACUCAUUCUUCCCUAGCACCGCUCGUCUCCAGUUGGCCGACAAUCUUCCGAUUCUGGUGGACAGUGUGUUCGGAUGGGUCGUCACAGGAUCAGCAAAUAUGGGUCAUCAUGCUCGGCAGCAAUCUUCCACUCCCAGCGUCGUCGCAGUCUCCAUGCUGACACUCGAAGAGAGCAUGGAACGAUUUUGGAAAACCGAAGAGCUCACCAUCAACGACAAUUACUCCAUUGAAGAACGCCAUUGUGUGGAUUUCUACAAAUCUACCACGUCGAGAGAUGGGACAGGUCGCUACAUUGUCCGGCUACCACGGAAGCCUGAUUUCGACGCAAUGUUAGGAGAAUCCAAAACUAGCGCUAUGCGGCGUUUUGAUCAGCUCGAGCGGCGACUCGAUCGGGACGAGAAAUUGAAGAAGGAAUACCACGAGUUCAUGAAGGAGUACCUCUCCCUCGGCCAUAUGCGACUGGUCGAGACGGACGACGGAAACCACUCCCACACCUACUAUCUUCCCCACCACCCUGUCAUAAAGGAGGAGAGUACGACCACAAAGGUACGAGUCGUAUUUGACGGCUCGGCCCGUACCUCAACCGGCUUCUCACUCAACGAAGCCCUCUGCGUGGGUCCGGUGGUCCAAGAUGACCUUCUCGCUAUCAUCCUUCGAUUUCGAACGUAUCCCAUUGCUCUAGUCGGUGACAUAGCAAAGAUGUACCGACAGGUCAGGUUGCAUCCAAACGAUUGUCCUCUACAACGCAUCCUAUUUCGAUUUUCUAAAGACACUCCUGUCCAAAUCUACGAGCUGCAAACCGUGACCUAUGGUUUAUCCCCAUCCUCAUUCCUAGCGACACGUACACUUCAGCAGAUCGCAGAAGAUGAAGGCAACGCAUACCCGUUAGCUGGUCCGUCCGUCCCCAAAAACUUCUACGUAGACGACUACGUUGGUGGAGCAAAGUCUAUUGAGGAAGCUAUCCAGCUUCGGGGGGAGUUAUCCGAGUUACUGGAAAAAGGCGGCUUCGUUUUGAGAAAGUGGGCCUCGAAUCGCCUGGAAGUCCUGCAGGGGCUCGAAAAGGAUCAAAUUGCGACCCAUUCAAGCUUGGAAUUCUACCCGAACGAGUCCAUUAAGGCCCUUGGAAUACGAUGGGAACCGGAAUCAGAUCAACUUCGCUUCGACUCCCAAGUUCAACCUCGAGACGACGCUCCGACAAAGCGUUCCAUCCUCUCAGACAUCGCCAGACUCUUUGAUCCACUCGGCCUGAUUGCACCUUUCCGAAACGAAUUACCGAAAAUCGCCACCUACCGAAUUGACCGCUACGCCUUCCUGUCGGACGCUCGAGUUGAGUUGCACACUUUCGCCGAUGCUUCAACGACCGCUUACGGAGCCUGCACAUACGUCCGCUGUGAAAACGCCCUGGGAAUAGUCAAAAUUCAACUACUGGCAUCAAAGAGCAAAGUCGCGCCACUGAAAAGACUGACGGUAGCCCGCCUUGAGUUGUGUGCUUGUGUCUUGGCCGCGCAUCUACACCAUCGGAUCAAAGAAUCGAUCAACGUCCACGUGUCUGCUUCGUAUUUCUGGUCGGAUUCGGCUGUAUGUCUGUACUGGCUUCGCGCGCCUCCUAGCUCCUGGAAAACCUUCGUGGCCAACAGGGUUUCCGAAGUACAGCACUAUACUCGUGGCGGCAUAUGGAGUCACAUUUCUGGCACGGAGAAUCCAGCAGAUCUCGUCUCACGCGGGAUGUCGGUCGAAGAGUUCGUAGAGAGUGAGAUGUGGCAGCAUGGUCCGCCAUGGCUAGCACUAUCGCAGCAGUAUUGGCCGAUUUCUAGUCCACCUGCCGUGGCUGAAGAUAUGUUGGAGGCAAAGACCGUCGUUGCAUCCGUCCAAACUACAUCCAGCAUCAAUCCAUGGUUCCUCCGGUGGUCGUCGUAUAACCGUCUGCUGCACACCGUCGCAUACUGUCUACGCUUUGCUGAAAAAACUCGAUCAAAGGCCAGAACUCAGCCACUUGCAUCCUCCCCAGAGAUCGAACCGAGUCAGCAGUCGCUUUCCGUCAAAGAACUUACCAACGCCAACAACCUUCUGGUUCGAUUCGCCCAACAAGAUGCAUUCCGUAGUGAGAUCAAAGAUUUGCAGCGUGGAAAUUCAGUUUCCAAAAACUCACCUGUCCGUCGAUUGUCUCCAUUCUUUGACCCAGAAGAAGUAUUGCGAGUUGGAGGUCGGCUCAAUCUAUCUCGGCUUCCCUACCAAUCGAAACACCCUGCCCUCCUCCCCAAGAAUCAUCCGUUCACUUUGUUAAUCGGCGAGCAUUAUCAUCGGAAACUCGUCCACGGCGGCGGGCGUCUGCUUCUAUCAACCAUCCGGGAAGAAUACUGGCCUCUGCAUGGUCGCCGCUUAGUCCACAGCAUAGUCCGUAACUGUUUCCGCUGCUCACGCCAACAUCCGCUUCCUGCGCAACAGCAAAUCGGUCAGCUACCAGCGUCCAGAGUCAUACCGAGUCGUCCGUUUUCCAAUACAGGUGUGGAUUAUGCUGGACCACUGUACGUUAAGCCCAUUCACAAACGUGCCACCCCCGCAAAAGCUUACCUGUGCAUUUUCGUAUGCUUUACAACAAAGGCUGUCCACUUAGAACUAGUUGGAGACCUCUCUACCCAGGGAUUUCUAGCAGCUCUUCGCCGCUUUAUAUCAAGAAGGGGAAUCCCUGCCCACCUGUACUCCGAUAAUGGGAAAAAUUUCGAAGGUGCGAAGCGUGAAUUGGCGGAACUAUUCGCCAGAUUUAGGAGCAACACCGAACAGAGCGAAAUCGCAUCUGCCUGCUCCGAGCACGGGAUAACGUGGCACUUGACUCCUCCCAAGGCACCACAUUUCGGUGGCCUGUGGGAAGCGGCGGUCAAGACUGCCAAACGACAUUUAUUUCGCCAGUUAGGUAGUACAAGGCUGUCAUUCGAAGAUUACUACACUAUUCUUCACCAAAUCGAAGCCGCUAUGAACUCUCGCCCUCUUCUGCCGAUGUCGGAUGACCCCAAUGACCUCGCUGCAUUGACGCCGGCGCACUUCCUCAUCGGAACAUCGCUGCAGGCCCUGCCCGACCCAGACUUCCAGCAUACACCUAUGAGCGCCCUGGAUCACCUUCAAAAACUACAGCAACACGUCCAAAAGUUUUGGAGCCACUGGCGGACGGAAUAUCUGCAGGAGAUGAUGAAGGGCACGAAGCUUGCUGCCCGGAAUGACGAUAUCCAGCCUGGUCGAAUGGUGAUUAUCGUCGACGAAGCACUUCCAACAAUCCGCUGGCCGCUUGCUCGCAUCACCGAGUUGCAUCCUGGAAAAGACAAUUUAUCACGGGUGGUUAGUCUUCGCACUGAAAAAGGUGUCAUCACCAGACCAAUUACCCGAAUCUGUUUGCUACCGCUGCCGCCUCCGAGAUCGAUCCCCGACGAAGAACAACUGGAUAGUCCAGCAGCCAGCAAUCCGCCCACCAUCCUGGAGGAGUAA